CGCGGCAGCGGCUCUCUCAGAGAGGGCAGGGCGGGCAAGGGCGGGACUGGCCCGCUGUUGGCGGACUGGGGAGCCUCGGAGCUAACGGGUCUGGACGCAGGCGGCGGCGGCGGCUUUUUCUGAGCUGGCGGAGGCGGCGGCAGGAGCUGCGAGCAUGGCCCGUGCGACGCCGGGCGCUGACUGAGGUAUUUACCCCCAGAGAAAAGAGAGUAUGUGUCCACAAAAUGACUUGUACAUGAAAGUCCAGGCAGUUUUACUCACAACCAAAAACUGGAAACAAGUCAACUGUCCAAAGGUGAACAAGAACAACUGCUGAUAUACAUAACAUGGACUGAUCUCCAAAACAUGGUGCUGAGCAAAAGAAGCCAGACACGCAGGAGUGUUUUAUGAAGUUCAAGAACAAGUAAACCUAAUCUGUGGUGACACGACUUAGCCAAAUGGCAGAGUGGGUCAUGCUGCGGCAGCCUGGCGCCUGACAAGCGAGGGGAACCUGCCAGGGAAUUACUGCUAGCUUGAGGCAGGACAGCGGCCUCAGGGGAGCGGGGAUGGGCAGAGCAGCCGCCGAGUCCGGGCCAGCAGCACCAAGACAGAGGCCUGGGCCCUGGUCUGGAGCUCAGCUCACACUUGCUCGGCAGACCCAAAUGGCAUUUGAAGCAGCACCCUGCUGAGGAGUGGCUGUUCCCAGGACGCAGAGGACCUCACAACCCCUACACAAGGAGCUCAGCAACCCCUACACAACUGCAGUUGGGGCCGUGACCAUCAAAAGAAGAAGGGGUUGGUGCCUCAGAUGGGAAGCAGAGGGGCAGAACCUAACUCCAGAAGGAUCUUGGUCUCUGAAGAGUUUUCUGGCACCCACGGAGCUUCCUGGGUUUCUUCUUGGCGUAUCCAGGCUUGAUUCCCUCCCCUGGCAGAGGGCUUGGGCCCUAAGGGCCAACUGAGGUGGGGACGACUCUUGCAUGAAAUUAAGGCUGCUUGAGACCCACGCGCUCUCUGCUGUGAUUGGGGUUCAAGGGCUUCCCUGCCAUAGGGGACGAGGGGCUGCUCAUGAACCACAAAGACCCCGAAUGCUGCAGACUGGAUCAUUUCAAGCCACCAAAGAGGGGGACCCCCAGAGCUGGCAGCCAGCAACCCCAAGAGACUAGAGGGCUGGGAUGGACUGACCUCCCCCUCACCAGGGCUCUGGGAGAAGCAGAGCCUCUGUGGCCCAGCUAGUGACGGAGAGGCCUGAUGAAGCCAUAAGCAGGGCUCAGGUGGCUCGGGGACAGGGACCCACUGCUGCCAACGUGCUUUCUCCUGACAUUGAAGGAGGACGUGGCAUGGUGUGAAACCCCUGCCACUGUCCCCUCUGAGGCACAUGCCCCUAUGCCCUUUGCACGUGGUGCCAAAAUAAGCAGUGGCUGGCCUGUCAGCGGACUGGGAAAGGAGUGGCCACGGUGACACCCACGUGACCGCCAGGCUAGGGGCUCAGCUCCCAGGGGCGCCGAACCAUGAAGUGCUCCCUGCGGGUGUGGUUCCUCUCUGUGGUUUUCCUGCUGGUGUUCAUCAUGUCACUGCUCUUCACCUACUCUCACCACAGCAUGGCCACCGUGCCCUACCUAGACUCGGGCGCCCUGGGUGGGACCCACCGGGUGAAGCUGGUGCCCGGCUAUGCUGGCCUGCAGCGCCUUAGCAAGGAGGGGCUCGCCGGCAAGAGCUGUGCCUGCCGCCGCUGCAUGGGUGAUGCCGGCGCCUCUGAGUGGUUUGAUAGCCACUUCAACAGCAACAUUUCCCCCGUCUGGACCCGAGAGAACAUGGAUCUGCCCCCGGAUGUCCAGAGAUGGUGGAUGAUGUUGCAGCCCCAGUUCAAGUCACACAACACCAACGAGGUACUGGAGAAGCUGUUCCAGAUAGUACCAGGCGAGAACCCCUACCGUUUCCGGGACCCCCACCAGUGCCGGCGCUGUGCUGUGGUGGGGAACUCGGGUAACCUGCGGGGCUCUGGCUAUGGGCCAGACGUGGACGGGCACAACUUCAUCAUGAGGAUGAAUCAGGCGCCAACCGUGGGCUUUGAGCAGGAUGUCGGCAGCCGAACCACCCACCAUUUCAUGUACCCCGAGAGUGCCAAGAACCUGCCUGCCAACGUCAGCUUCGUGCUGGUGCCCUUCAAAGCCUUGGACCUCCUGUGGAUUGCCAGCGCCCUCUCCACAGGGCAGAUCCGAUUCACCUAUGCCCCAGUGAAGUCCUUUCUUCGAGUGGACAAAGAAAAGGUCCAGAUCUAUAACCCAGCCUUCUUCAAGUACAUCCAUGACAGGUGGACAGAGCAUCAUGGGCGGUACCCCUCCACUGGGAUGCUGGUACUCUUCUUUGCCCUGCAUGUGUGUGAUGAGGUGAACGUGUAUGGAUUCGGGGCCGACAGCCGGGGCAACUGGCACCACUACUGGGAGAAUAACCGGUACGCUGGCGAGUUCCGGAAGACCGGCGUGCACGACGCCGACUUCGAGGCCCACAUCAUCGACAUGCUGGCCAAGGCCAGCAAGAUCGAGGUCUACCGAGGCAACUGAGCUCGACCUUGUCGCGACCCUUCCGGCCCUGCGGCGAGGUCCAGGCGUGCGCUCCAGCAGGGACUCAGGGCCAGCCUAGUGGCGGUGGGCGCGGCGCCCCAUUGGGCAUCAGCAGGAAAUUGGGAGCGACGCCAGCCGCGGUCCGGACCAAUCAUGCUGCAGUCCAGCGAGCUAUGGCCCGCCAAUCACUGGACUCUGAGGCCAGCCCGCGCCUAGCGUCAAUCAGCGCUGCUGUCGGGCGGAGCCUCUUUCUCCCAGCCAAUCAUGCGACUCAAGGAGAACUUCCGGCGCUGGACCCUGUCUCCUCCAAUCAAUGGCCUUCGGAGGCGGGCUGGCGGCCGCACAAUCCCCACUCCCCUAUGCUUUUGGGUAGGAUUUUAUUUCACGCUUUCUAAGGAAGAGAAGUUUUUUCUGGCCUCGAGAAGUACUUUUCUCUAGGCUCGGUAGGAGGCGUCUCAGCCGCUUGCCGGCCUGACCCCGCGAACGCGCGAAGAAGGAAACGGUGGGGAAGGCACGGGACAGCGGCAGCGCGGCCUCUCAUGGCCUCGGGGCGGGCGGAGGGGCGUUCGCGAAGCCUUUCUGGCGGUCGAGGGCCGGGCGGGUGGUUUCCAGGGAGCGCGUUUUUCCCCAGAGGAAGAGUUAGAGCUCUUCCAUAGUGCUCCGGACUACGAGAAAGCUAGACCCCACAGUUCCUUUAUCAGUCAAGCGCAGAUGGGUGAGUGUAAACCCACCAAAGAAAUGCGGUGAGAAUCCAGAGGGUGCGUGGGUCCCCUUCUCCUGCCUCCACCCCCUUCCCGCCUUUGGCCACCCUAUGGAAUGGCCUUUCUGACCAUGGCAUUUAGUGUCUCACCGGAAAACUAUUAAUUGUAUUCACCUCUUGUUCAGGAGGGUGAGGAGCAGAAUUAGCCCAGGGCUUAACUCUGGAACACUGGUGUAAGGAAUAGGGCAGGGGACUAGGAAGCCCCGUCACAUCAAAUGUAAGGUGCUUCUCACUCACUUGUACCCUUGGCCCUUGUUGUUUGCCCACAACCUUUUUAGUGUCUCGCCCUGGGCCUCCUCACCAGCCUACUUGUUGCUCUGGAAAAUAAAUCAAAACUUGCCCUGUGA